AUGGCAUUUGCUGCAGAUAGCAGUAGUGUGACCAGUUCUGUGACUUCAGCUGCAGCAGAAGCAACUUCUACUGCUGGUGAGCUGACAUACGAAAAAUUGGCUGAAAUGUCAUUGAAAGAGAGACUCUUGGCAUACCCAUGGCAGCUUGAGAGAUACUCAGUUGGCUUUGUUAUUGGAUACUUGAUUGUUUUCACGUUGGGCUCAAAAUAUAACCGCAAGAUGGUGGACAAGUUCGUCAACGCUAUUUUGCCAGCUUUAAAGGACAACUUUUUCCAGGUUGGUGUUACGAAGUCAAAGCUAUUGGCACAGGAUGACCAGCAGCACUUCACUUUAUACGCAACUGGCAGAUUGAGAGUUGAGUCCAUGAUUUCAAGGAUCGUUUUACAGGCUCGUCAAAACCCACUUAUGUGGAUCAUGGAGUAUGGAACAGGUUUCUUUUUUGACUCCAUUCCAUACCCUGAAGAUAAGGUGACGGUUGAGUUCAAGUUGGAUGAAGAUGCUUCAUCAAAGUUUGAUAAUUUUAUUUGGGCUGUUGUCACAAAGGACCACAUGAAUGACUACAGAAAGGAAAACUACUAUCUCUCUUUAACUAAGACUGCAGAGAAUCCAGAUCUUCCUCCUGAAUACGUGUUUAUGAAUGAGGUUCCUGAAAUGAACAAGGUUCUAUACUCCAAGAAACUACAAUCUCUUUUGACAAAGUCCAAAAAUUUCCUUCAGUUCUUUGCCAUUACCGAUCAACCUUCUGACAAGCCGGAAAACCUUUCUGAGUUGAAACCAAAGAAGAAGUUCGUGUUACAGAUGUCACUUCCAAGAAGUGAUUCCGAUCUAGCUGCUGUCAAGGAGUUUGUUACCUUUUUGCUAAACGAGUAUAUCGAUCACGUUUGCAGGAAGGCCGUUUUCAGACCAGAGUUGAGCAAGAAGUGCAAGAAAACUAGAGAAAUAGAGUAUUCUAAGCUGCAGAAACUUCUUGAGGAGGAGCGUAAGGAGAAGUUGAACAGUGACAAAACGGAGAGGGAAAGAGCACGUAUAUCAAAGUUGAGUCCAAACCAACAGGAGAAGCUCUUGAAAAAACAGGAGAAGAGAAAGCAGAGGAGAGCAAUGAACAAGCAAAAGGUUCGUAUGUAA